AUGGCGACCGAAGUCGAGUGUCUUAUGACAUCAGUCGAAAGAAUAAUUUCUUACACAAAGCUGCCUUCAGAACCAGGCUACCAUCGCCGGACCUUACCGCCAGAGGACUGGCCCGACCGAGGAGCGCUCAGCGUGCAGGACAUGUCACUAGUGUACCAUGAAGGUGGAGCCCGCGUCUUGGAGGGAAUCAGCCUCGAAGUGCAACCCAAGGAGAAAGUCGGCAUCGUAGGUCGCACCGGAGCGGGCAAGUCUAGUUUGGUAGCCGCACUAUUUCGCAUGCCGGAGCCCAAAGGACGAGUACUGAUUGACGGAGUAGAUUUGGGCACAUUGGAUAUUCAAAGUGCGCGUAAAGCAAUGGCAGUUAUAACCCAAGAACCUGUUUUAUUUUCUGGAACGCUUAAAAGAAACCUUGAUCCUAUGCAGCAAUUCACAAAUCAGGAAGUCUGGACGGCACUGGAAAAUGUACAAAUGAUGAAAUGUGUCAAACGUCUUCCUGGAAAACUGGAGUACCGUCUGGGUGAGUCUGGCAGUGGAUUCAGUGUCGGAGAAAGACAGCUCUUGUGUCUUGCACGCGCAUUACUUCAGAAGUCCAAGCUAUUAGUACUCGACGAGGCCACAGCCAACGUGGAUUACCGGACUGACCGGUUAGUGCAACAGGUUAUACGAGAUAAGUUUGCUGACGUCACUGUGCUGACCAUCGCGCAUCGAGUCAAUACUAUUAUGGACUAUGACAAGGUGGUUGUCAUAGAUACUGGUCGCGUGGUUGAGUACGGUGAGCCCGAGAUACUUGCCAGAAAAAGUGAUGGGUUCUUUGCGCAUCUGGUUCGAUCACACGAUAAAAAGAUGAUGUCGGGCCUAUAG